AUGGUAGCCACAGCCGUCGAGCUGCCUUUGCAGCAAAAGACCGAUGCCAACGCUCAACAAACCGGGCCCGUGCCAUUCGGCAACUCCCUCCUCAAAGAAUUCCUCCACGACCCUGCCUACCGGAACCUCAACCACGGCUCCUUCGGCUCCAUCCCCCGCUCCAUCCAAUCCCGGCUCCGGCACUACCAAGACCAAGCCGAGUCCCGCCCGGACUCAUUCAUCCGCUACCAAACCCCUCUCCUCCUCGAUGAAUCGCGCGCCGCGCGUCUCUUCCCUUUUGGGAUCCUGCGCAACAUCGUCUGGAACACCGAUGGCCUCGAUGAGAUUUUGUAUUUCGACACCAUCUACGGCGCGUGCGGGAAGACGAUCGAUUAUGUGAUUGAAGACAAGCUUGGCGUCGUUAGCAGUCGUUGCGUGCAACUCACAUACCCGGCCGAAGACGAGGAUGUCAUCUCCGCAUUCCGCGCCGCUAUCCAAGCCAGUCGCGCCGAAGGAAAACGACCACGGUUAGCAGUUAUCGACGCAGUGAGCAGCAUGCCAGGCGUGCGCUUCCCCUUCGAGUCUAUCGUCCAAGUCUGCAAGACCGAGUCCAUAAUCUCCUGCGUGGACGCAGCGCAGGGUAUCGGAAUGGCUGAUUUGAAGAUCAGCGAAACCGACCCCGAUUUUCUGGUGACAAACUGCCACAAAUGGUUGUUUACCCCACGCGGAUGCGCCGUUUUCUACGUACCGCUACGAAACCAACAUCUUAUUCGGUCUACCCUCCCUACAUCGCACGGGUUUGUCCCUAAACAGGGGGAUAGAUUCAACCCGUUGCCACCGACAGAAAAAUCAGAGUUUGUUAAUAACUUUGAGUUUGUCGGUACCGUCGAUAACUCACCAUUUUUCUGCGUCAAGGAUGCGAUUAAGUGGAGGCAUGAAGUGUUGGGGGGGGAGGAGAGGAUCAUGGCUUACACCACCUCCUUAGCCAGAAAGGGGGGAGAAAAAGUGGCCGAGAUAUUGGGCACCAGGGUCCUCGAAAAUCGGAGCAAAACCUUGGUCAGGUGCGCGAUGGUUAAUGUUGCGCUGCCACUUGUUACUGGGCAGAACCCGAAGAAUGAGGUGAAGCUCACGGAGGCGGAAGAGGAGGAAACAAAGGGGAUGUAUGAGAUCCCGCAGGAGGAGGCGGCAAAAGCGUUCAAUUGGAUGUAUAAAGUCCUGCAGGAGGAUUAUCAUACGUUUGUGCCGAUGACGUUUUAUAGGCGCAGGUUUUGGGCGAGGUUGAGCGCGCAGGUGUAUUUGGAGGAGGGAGACUUUGAGUGGGCGGGCAAGACGCUGAAGGAGGUUUGUGAGAGGGUGGCGAGGGGGGAGUAUAAGCUGUGA